CCGGGCCCGCCGCCGCCGCACGCCUACCCGUUCGCGCCGGCCGCCGGGGCCGCCACCAACGCCGCCGCCGAACCCGAGGGCCCAGGGGCCAGUUGCGCGGCCGCCGCCAAGGCGCCGGUGAAGAAGAACGCGAAGGUGGCCAGCGUGAGCGUGCAGCUGGAGAUGAAGGCGCUGUGGGACGAGUUCAAUCAGCUGGGCACCGAGAUGAUCGUCACCAAGGCUGGCAGGCGCAUGUUCCCCACCUUCCAAGUGAAGCUCUUCGGCAUGGACCCCAUGGCCGACUACAUGCUCCUCAUGGACUUCGUGCCGGUGGACGACAAGCGCUACCGGUACGCCUUCCACAGCUCGUCCUGGCUGGUGGCCGGGAAGGCAGACCCUGCCACGCCAGGCCGAGUACACUACCACCCUGAUUCGCCUGCUAAGGGUGCACAGUGGAUGAAGCAAAUUGUGUCCUUCGAUAAGCUCAAGCUGACCAACAACCUGCUGGACGACAACGGCCACAUUAUUCUCAACUCCAUGCACAGAUACCAGCCCCGCUUCCAUGUGGUCUACGUGGACCCGCGCAAGGAUAGUGAGAAAUAUGCCGAAGAGAACUUCAAAACUUUUGUGUUCGAGGAGACACGCUUCACUGCUGUCACUGCCUACCAGAACCACCGGAUCACGCAGCUCAAGAUCGCCAGCAACCCUUUCGCCAAAGGCUUCCGAGACUGCGACCCUGAGGACUGGCCCCGGAACCACCGGCCCGGCGCGCUGCCGCUCAUGAGCGCCUUCGCGCGCUCUCGGAACCCUGUAGCCUCCUCCCCGACACAGCCCAACGGCGCCGAGAAAGACGCGGCCGAAGCCCGGCGAGAGUUCGAACGCGACGCGGGCGGGCCGGCCGUGCUCGGGGACCCGGCGGCCCCGCCGCCGCUACUGGCGCGCGUGCUGAGCCCCGCGCUGCCAGGGGCCGCCGGUGCCGGCGGCCUCGUCUCGCUGACCGGCGGGCCCGGAGGGCGGCCCAGCCCCCCACACCCCGAGCUGCGUCUGGAGGCGCCGGGCGCGUCGGAGCCGCUGCACCACCACCCGUACAAGUACCCGGCCGCCUACGAUCACUAUCUCGGGGCAAAGAGCCGGGCGGCACCCUACCCGCUGCCCGGCCUGCGCGGCCACAGCUACCACGCGCACGCACACGCGCACCCGCACCACCAUCCGGUGAGCCCGGCAGCUGCGGCCGCUGCGGCCGCCGCUGCGGCCGCCGCCGCCAACAUGUACUCUGCCGGGGCCGCGCCGCCCGGCUCCUACGAUUACUGCCCUAGAUAACGCUGCCGCCCGGUUCGCGGACCAGGGCAGCCCUGAGGCCGGCAGACAACGCGCACCAACCCCGGGCCACUGCGGGUCUCCCCUUCCCCAGCCUCGCAGCCAUGGGGUCCUCCACUCUCCGCUGGAGCGCUGUGGAAGGACCGGGUUCCCCAGCUCGGGCUUCACCGAGGGCACUCCAGCCCCAAGGGCCACGGGAGCCGCGCCGCCUGUGCCAAAGCGUCCGGUCAGCGCGGAAGGAAGUGAUAUUUAUUGUUCUCCGCGAGACCGCGUCGAUGCCCCCACCCCAGCCUGGGGGCGGGGAGGCAGUUGCAGUGUAGACGACCUGAGAGCCUUGUCUGCAGGCGGUGUAGAUACAUGUAGAUAUUUGUAGAUACUGUAGAUACCGAGCCGGCGCCAACUUGAUAAACGGUUU